AUGGCCACGACGCCCACUGGUGCGCCUGCACGUCGUCAUGCAAGGCAAGACUCUAAUGGAAGCAUCCCGCCCUUGCGGCCCCAGGCCUCCUCGCCUACUUUGACCAACCCCGACAUGAUCCUGCCCGACUACGACGAGUCGCAAUAUUCAAGCCUGCAACAUCCAUCCGUCGGCUGGGGCAGCAUGCCGCUCGACGCUGAUCUGAUGUUUGACUUUCCGGAGGCCGUCGACUCGUCGGCCGUCUAUCCUCUCAACACCCCCAUCAUCUACGGCAACGGCACCAUGCUCUCUGACAUUGGCGAAGUCACCGAGGUCGAGAGCAACGUCGGCGGCCCGACGCGCCAGCUCUCCGCCCGCUCCAACCGUUCCCGUCGCUCCAACCACUCCGACGACAACCUCACCCCCAGGACUUCUCCACCGGCAAAUGCUGCCCGCAAACAGACACUCCGUCGCGCACCAGACGCCAAUGCCCAAGACAAUCGCUCGUCAAUUGACUCGGUGCAUACCAUCUCGACCCAUCACGAUGUCGCCUUUGCCGAUUUCGACGACACCAUCAGCGUCGGCGAUAGUAAUUUUCAAGGCGAUGACGAGGACAGCGUCGCUUCUUCCUACCUCGAUGAGCACACGCUGCCGCGCGAUGCACUGGCGCGCAAAUCUGGCCUGUCACUUAACAAAGACAGAUACUCGACAUCUUCCAUCAGCCGAAGAGCCGAGCAGAUCCUCGCCAAUGCCAAGCGCAGGUUGACGACAAUGGAAGGCAAUUUAUCUAGAGCGCGAACUCUCAGCUACUCCUCAGUUUCCGAUGGUUCCACGCCCUCUCCGAUCCGGACGCCCAAUUCGCCGGCAUUUAGAGUGCCGGUGCAUGCACGCAACAUUAGCGACAACAACAUCGCCACCCCGGAUCAAAAUGCCAUGCCUCCCAGAUCUGCCAGUGCCCUCGGUGCGGCUGGAGGAUAUCGCCGACCUCUUCCGCUAUCGCGCAGCGCUGACGCUAUCACCCGCGCAAACCAUGGCAUCUCUCAACAUCCGCUCGACCUUGCACUCGAGCCGCUCCGCGAAGAUGACGGCGCGCAGGAUGAAGACAGCUCAGACAGCACGCAAGUGGCCAGAUAUGCCAGCCCGACAUUCAAUGGCUACGGCGACGGAGGCAUAGUGCGCUCUGCUUCGGCAGCUCAAAUGCGUGGAAUCCAGGACCAGAUGAAUGGCCUCAAAGGCAAAAUCUAUAGUCUGAGGGAGCAGGCUGCCGCCGACAGUAUGAAACGAAGGAGUCUGCAGAGCUUGCGCUCGCCGAGUCUCUUCACCAACGCCAGAGUCGAUGUUCAAGACUCGGAUUACCAAGCAGCGCAGGCCCAAGGUCCGGAGUCGCCAUCUCUUGGCAGCCCGUUUCGUCCCGAAUUCGCCAAGGAAGACGACAAGUCACCACCUGCGCCAGAUGAACAGAGCACACCGCCGGGGAAGAGGGCGGAUCGCGAUCUCGUUGUCGCGCGAUCCAGCCCUAUGCAAAACCUCCAUCAAGCAUAUUUGCAGGAUGAGAAUACUCCGCCUAAGACCAAAGCGGCGGCGGCCAAACAAAAGUUUGACAAGCUUGAACAGUCUGGUUACGCAGAUGACAAUGAUGACCUCCAUACCGAAAAUGGAGAUGCUGAAGAAUCGGCCGAGGACUCUACCAUGGAACCUGCUGAAGAAAGGGCCGUUGAGGACUUGGCCGCCGACACUGCUAGCGAAAGUGGCGACUCUCUAUACCACGAGGCCUAUCAGCAUCCCGUGUCUCACGAAGAUAGAGAAGACGCAUUCGACUACGAACACUUUUUCCUACACUCGGCCAUGGGCCAUGUUAGCAGACAGAGCUAUCGCAACCCCAGUGACGAUUCUGGCAGCGAAUGCUCAGAGGACUCUGUGGAGACGACAAGGGCUGCCCCCACGACGGCUUUCGGGCGCCCUCGACGACCUAGUCUGGAUACUAUGACGUCCGUCGAUAGCUUCGCAACGGCACGAGAAGGUGCCGACAGCCGCGCUUCUACCGUCGACACGCUAGAAGAUGGCUACGAGUCUCCGAUCAUUGGCAUCGGCCAACUGCGUAGUCAAACGAAUAAGCGUAGCAGCAGCGAAGAUUCACGUUCCUCAAAGGAGCAACACAGCCAUCGCAAUGCAUUUCAAUAUCGACCGGCCACCAUGGCACCCGCUGCUGUUUGUUAUUCUCAACGGCUCGGCCUGCACCGUCCAUCGGUAUCUUCUUUUGAAUCUAUCGGUACAAAUCGAAGCUUUCCUCUUAUUAACAAGUCACGGCUGAGCGGCAACACGACUCCGAGGGAUUCUCCGGAGAAUAUGAUCCACGGCAUGCGCAGUCCCCCACAGAGUCGACGAAGCAGCAUGAAUGAACAUGUAUUGGCUACGAUGUCGAAUUUGUCAAGUGCUGGCUCCGCGAAUGGUUCCUUCAAUGGAUCUGCGAAUGGAUCAGUUGCCGAUUCUGUUAGUGGCCCAUCUAGCGGUUCUGUCGGCUCUGUCGGCUCUGCCAAUGGCUCUACCCGUGGACUUGCUCAUGGGUACUCUGGCUCCACGAACGGCGGGACUGUCAAUGGGUCCCAUGCUGUCGCACCGCCGUCGCCCACGAUGCAGCCUUUGACUGGCGAGGAUCAAGCAUCCAUUGAUCUAUUGUUGGCGAGCAUCCAGAAGUGUGCCAUGGGAUUACGCGACACGACGCCUUCGGGCUUCAAAAUGCACGAUACAUAUCGACGGAGACUGGAAGCUGCCCGACAAAUUCUCGACGGCGCCCCAGACUCUUUCUAA